AUGCUACAGGACAUUGCUGUUGCGCUGCGAGCUGUUCUUGUGAAUGAGAGCGCGAGUCACUUAGGUCAAACACCCAUGAUAGAGGAAGGUGGUGGAACAGGUGAUGGACGGGAUGAUCAAAUUCAGUACGACAGGUUCGAAUUCGAGAGUCCGGCGGAUUUAAUGCGGCAUCUGUACUACAGCUGUAUGCGUUCGAAUGCUACCGAACAGCCCUGGACCACCGACGGCACUUCUUUUUGCCCUCGCCGCUUCGAUGGAUGGUUGUGCUGGGAGCCGACAAUUGCAGGACAAGUGGCAGAAAAUUUCUGCCCAAAAUUUGUCCUUGGUUUUGACUCUCGGCGACUAGCUUAUCGUACGUGUCAUGAAAACGGAUCUUGGUUCGUACAUCCGCUUUCGGGACGAGAAUGGUCCAACUAUACGAACUGCAUCGACACAGAUGACAUGCAGUUUCGUCGGCUGGUGAACGACAUUUACAUUGGUGGAUACACAAUAUCACUCUCAACGCUAAUAAUAUCGUUAUGCAUAUUUCUCAGUUUUCGGACGUUAAAGUGCACCCGUAUACGGAUACACAUUCAUUUAUUUACCUCCUUGGCUCUGAGUUGUCUGUUCUGGAUAUUUUGGUAUAAGUUUGUCGUCGAGGAUACAGAAGUUGUGAAUGCGAAUAAGGAAUGGUGCGUAGCGCUGCACAUCCUUCUCCACUACCUGAUGUUGGUUAAUUACUUUUGGAUGUUCUGCGAAGGACUUCACCUGCAUCUGGUGCUAGUUAUCGUCUUUAUCAAGGAUAUUGUCGCAAUGCGUUGGUUCGUCACGAUCGGCUGGGUAUUGCCGAUGCUGCUGGUGGGCUUGUAUGCCAUGGUCCGCAACACCCAACCACUCGAUACGGAGCACUGCUGGAUGGACGAAAGCCACGCCAUGUGGUUGUUGACGGUUCCGGUGUGUUUUUCGCUGGUCGCCUCCCUCGUGUUUCUUAUCAACGUAGUCCGAGUGCUGCUGACGAAGCUUAGCUCUACCUCUCCACAUCCAGCACCGCUUGGCCUGCGAAAAGCCACUCGAGCAACGCUGAUACUCAUCCCGCUCUUCGGCCUCCAGCACAUCCUGUUACCCUUUCGACCGGACAAGGGAUGUCAGGUGGAGCGUUACUACCAAAUCGGGGCCGCUCUGCUGAUCAGCCUGCAGGGCCUGUGCGUUUCGUGUUUGUUUUGUUUCGCCAACCACGACGUAAUCUAUGCGGUGCAGUGCCACCUUAGCCGAUUUUUCCCGGACAUUGUGACACACCCGUUCCUUGAGAGCAACGGUGGUCAGCCAGCAACGCAAAGCCGCGAUGUGGUCGUAUGACUACUGAACGUCCGCAGCACCACACAGCCCGGAAUCAGCCACCGAGAUCCAGCCCCGAAACGAGAGCAGUCUGCCGUCUGAGGCACAGGAGUAUCCUAGUCAGCAGUUGGUGAGCCGCGACGACAGAUACCGCAUGACAGUGUACAACUCCACCGUUCGAGAUGAGUCAACGUACAACGUGCGUAAUGGACUCGUACUCCUGGAGGCCAUGAGGCUAAGCCGAACAGCUCGCGUUUGCUAGCGAUCGUUUAAACAUGUAUGCUCACGUUUUCUGGGGUCAGAACGACAUCAGAAACACGAUGGAUGGAUGUAAGAGGGG